AUUUGAAGGGCGGCGUGGCUUGCCGGUAAAUAAGUAGUUGGCGUGCUGCGGCGCGCGGCCAUUUGCGAGACCGCAGCAACGCAAGAGGGACCGCGGCACGUCCACGUCGCACCCCAGGGACACCAGACGCAGGUCCAGCGCCGACGACGACAUGGCCCCAGGACGGGCAGCCGCCGUCGUGGCCCUGGCCGCCCUGGCCGUCGCACUCCUCAGCCAGUCCGCGGCCGGUAACGUGAUCCGCUUGUCGUCCGCCGAGCACGGCGCGGGCUCCACCGCCAGCUCGGCCUGCAGCGGCGUCGUCCAGGGGGGCCAGGCCGCCCAGGUCCCCGCCGGGUCGUCCUGGUUCAACAGCGCGGGCUCGCUGGUGCUGCCCGCCGUCAGCUACGUCCUGCCCUUCUUCGCGCAGCCCGCCCAGGGCCUCGGCCAGGGCUACGGCCAGGGCUUCGGCCAGGGCGUGCCCCCGCACGUACGCAGCCUCAUCCUGAAGCAGCACGAGCGCAGCGACCCCGUGGUGGUGCAGCUGGCGGACCAGUCGCGCCUCGCCGGCACCUACGACGACCUGGACGCAUUCGCGGAGCACCACUGCGCGCAGGUCGUGGUGACCGACGAGUACCUCGUGCCCGUCGCGGAGUACAAGAAGGUCUGCGAAGAGAGCGGGAUUACCAUCACCACGGGCAGCUACACCACCGAGUUCCCCGACGCUGUGACCGAGCCGAUGACGCCGGACCCCGUCAAGGAGGUGCAUCACGAAGUUGUCGAGCACCACCACACCACCGUCGUGCACGAGAGCGAGAGCGAGCCGGAGGUCGUCCACGAGCAGCACCAGGAGACCCACCACAACGAGGAGCAUGACGUCAUCGUCGUGGAGGUCCCGGAGGAGGAGGAGGAUGAAGAUUCAUGCGAAGAGGAGGAGGAGUUUUACGAGGACGACGAGCUGUACCCCGGUCGCGGCCGCCACGGCCACCAUGCGCCGCGACGCCACGGCGCCCACGACGACUACGAGGAGGAGCUUGGACACCACGAUGACGUCAUCGAGUACUACCGGAUCCCCGCCGCGCACUACCACGCUUCAGGGCGCAGGGGCUACGCGUACGGCCCCGCGCACCCCUACGCACACCGCCGUCACCACGAGUACGUCGAGGACUACGACGACAGCUACGACGAGGACCACGUCACCACGAGGAGGAGGAAGACGGUGACGCACGACGACGACCACCUGCCCGAACACCACCGCAGCCACACCAGGAGGCGGAAGGUGUCGAAGAAGACUUCAGAGAAUCCUCACCCGCACCACAAGAAGGCCAAGAAGGUGCCUCACGGCCAUGAAGAGCACCACGAAGAACACCAUGAAGAGCAUCAUGAAGGACAUAGCGACACUACUCCAAAGCAUACAAAGAAAUCUUCUCCGAAGCCGAAGCACCAUUCCUCGACAUCCAAGCAGAAUCACGAAGAGCACCACGAAGGACACCAAGAGACAACACGCAAACCAAAUUCAAAAUCCACCAGCUCCAAACCGAAGAAGCAACCUGUAACAACGUCGAAGCCGCACAACGAAGGACACCAUGAGGAGCAUCAUGAAGAACACCACGAGGGUCACCACGAGGAUCACCACAACGGCCACCCGGUUACAACCCCCAAACCAAAGGCUAAAACCACCACUCCGAAGCCGAAGAAGCAAGGCACAACGCCCAAGAACGAAGAACACCACGAAGAGCAUCAUAAAGAGCACCACGAGGAUCACCACGAGAAUCACCACAACGGCCAUCCGGUUACAACCCCGAAACCAAAGGCUAAAACCACCACCCCGAAGCCGAAGAAGCAAGUCACAACGCCCAAGAACGAAGGACACCAUGAAGAGCACCAUAAAGAGCACCACGAAGAUCACCACGAGGAUCACCACAACGGCCACCCGGUUACAACCCCCAAACCUAAGGCUACACCCACCACCCCGAAGCCGAAGAAGCAAGCCACAACUACCAAGCCUCACAACGAAGGACACAAGGAAGCACAUAACACAGAACACCACGAUGCACACCAAAGCACUACUCCAAAUCCCCACCACCAUAAAGUUCGCAAGACAAUCACCACAACAACAACAAAACACAAUCCUGGCCACCACAGCGAAACUACAGAACAGCACCACACCGACACGAACAAAAAGGAGACCCACCAUACUGACUCCAAGCACUCCGAAGCACACAAGACAGACCAGCACAAAACCGAUUCCAAGCACGCCGACGCCCACAAGACCGACUCCAAGCACGCCGACGCCCACAAGGACGCCCACAAGACCGACUCCAAGCACGCCGAAGCCCACAAGGACGCCCACAAGUCCGACUCCAAGCACGCCGACGCCCACAAGGACGCCCACAAGACCGACUCCAAGCACGCUGAGACCCACAAGGGCGCCCACAAGACCGACUCCAAGCACGCCGACGCCCACAAGGACGCCCACAAGACCGACUCCAAUCACGCCGACGCCCACAAAGACGCCCACAAGACCGAUUCCAAGCACGCUGAUGCCCACAAGGACGCCCACAAGACCGAUUCCAAGCACGCCGACGCCCACAAGGACGCCCACAAGACCGACGCCCAGAAGAAGGAUGCCCACAAGACCGACUCCAAGCACGCCGAUGCCCACAAGGACGCCCACAAGACCGACUCCAAGCACGCCGACGCCCACAAGGACGCCCACAAGACCGACGCCCACAAGGACGCCCACAAGACCGACGCCCACAAGUCCGACGCCCACAAGUCCGACGCCCACAAGACCGAUGCCCACAAGACCGAUGCGCACAAGUCCGACGCCCACAAGGACGCCCACAAGACCGACGCCCACAAGGCCGACGCCCACAAGUCCGACGCCCACAAGACCGACGCCCACAAGACCGACGCUCACAAGUCCGACGCCCACAAGACCGACGCCCACAAGUCCGACGCCCACAAGACCGACGCCCACAAGGACGCCCACAAGACCGACGCCCACAAGGCCGACUCCAAGCAGUCUCAGAAGAACGACCAGAAGGCGGCGCAAGGCCAGCAGCAGUCCUCGGUUCACGCGGCCGCCAAGCAGGCGGAGCACUCGAGCGCGCAGAAGGGGCACGACGCCAGCAAGGCCAAGCAGGGCGUGCACAUGGAGGCUUCCAGCAACGGGCAGCACAACGCGGCCGCCGUCAAGGUGGACGCGGGGGCCAGCGCCGCGCAGCACCACGACUCCGCCAGCCAGCAGGCCAGCAAGGCGAGCUCGGCCUUCAUCGCCAAGGAGGCGAACGCCGGCGGCAACGGGCAGGCCAACGCGAGCUUCUCGGCAUCCUCGUCCUCCUCUGCGUCCGAGUCUGAGUCCGAGUCUUCAGGCAGCGACACCGAGACCGAAGUGAAGGUUGUCGUCGAGGAGUAUGAAGUUUAGUGCGCAACGCGUUGCUUUUUAUGCCACUGAUUUUCAUGCAAUUUGUUUCAUUCAUCAGUUUUCUGAAACUCCCUCUGAUUAUCAGGUGUGAUAACCCCGAAAGUUGAAUAAAAUCAUUUUUAUCCAUA